AUGACGGACCAGGAGCACGAGGAGGUGGUCAGGUGGCUGGCGAGGAUCUACGGCUGGCUCAAGAAGGGGAAGAAGCUGGCAAAGGGCAUGAGUCGCUUCACGGCCAGCUCUCCGUCGAGAAUCAGUCGCACCCCGUCCUUCCCCGACCUGCGGGACUUGAUCGAGCGGCUGGCUCGGAGGGCCGACGCCGUCACGCUAGCAGCACUACUCGGGGCGGCGCUGCUGCUCUACAUUAUCAGGAGGUCGGGCGCCGACGCCGACGAGGAGGAGGAGGAGGAGGGGAUCGUCCUCACCGCGCGCCUUCCGCCAUCGGCACGGCGGCGCCUGGUCCUCGUGACCCUGCCCUUGGUGCCCCGCGGACCCGGAGCACGGCGACCUCCGUGGGCGUGGAGCCUGCGCUUCGUCGGGCACGCUGCCGCAGCAGUACACCCACAGCGUCUCAUCUUCUCAGGGAGACAUGGCCGCACCGAGCAGCUCCGCUUCUUGGCAGGGAGCCAUGGCGUCCCCCAGCAUCGCUCCAUCUUCGCAGGGAGCCUUGGCCGCACCGCACCCAGCAGCGCCGCUUCUUGGCAGGGAGCCUUGGCCGCACCGCACCCAGCAGCGCCUAUGCUCACCUCCUCCUUCCCCCCACCGGCAACGCGGUAGCCUAGAGAAGCUGCGACGCGAGGAUACGCAUGAUCCAGGCGAUAGGAAGUUCAUAAUCUCACAAGUUUCGCCGCCUCCGACGCAACGGCAACGAAAAUGAAC